ACCACAUUUGCAUAUUACUUGUCCUUAACAAGCAUUUUUACAGUUUCUUCUUUUAUUAUGUUUGUAUUUGCAGAUACUCUCUCUUUACAAUUCUUGAUUGUUCAAAAACAGUUUGGUCUCUUUUCGUCUAACAUAUCAUACUAUAGUAAAGUUGAUCAUCUUCGCGAUGGCUACAUUUUCGUUGGAGCAACUGAACUUUUUCAAGUUCUCAUCUGUUGUUCUUGAUGAAUUUCCAAUCACCCUCCGCGACGUUUUCGUUCACAUGUGGGACAAUCAAGUUGCUCCUACACCAGGCUUUCAAACAUGGGACGACUCACUUCUGGUUCGCAACAUGUUUCUCAGUAAAGAGGGUGGAAAGACAAAAUAUGUUCCAACCAGUAAAUCAUAUAAAGAGUGGGACUGCACGGCGCUGUUUGAAGCCACUCUUUAUGCUAAAAGCUUUGCCAUACCAGACGGGACUGGAAGCUUUGCUACUUUAGACAAACUGUACGUGAAGCCCCGUCGUUUACCGAGUGGAACAUUUCAUCCUGUCAUUUUAAGCCCUUCUGGAAACCAGGCCGAGACGUUUGCUUUAGCGUUGGAUCAGCUCCGUCUGCUACGCAACACUCUCUGUCACCAGACAGGUACCAAAAACAUUGAGAAGACAACUUUUGAUCAUUAUAUACAGUUGGGGAAAGAUGCAUUUGCUGCACUUGGACAAGACACAACCAGGAUUGAUGAGAUCGGAAAGCUUGACGAAGAAGACUUUCCUACUUCCAAGGUUCAAAAGCUGGAAGAAGAGUUGAAGAGAGAAAAGGAUGCUGCCAUCAAGUUCAAGCAAAUCAGUGAUCACCUCGUCCAGAUCGAGUCUCAAAUUAAGACUGUUGGAUCAGAUGUAAAAACGGCAUCAACAGAGGUGCAGUUGAAAGUGGAAGAAGUCGCAUCAGACUUAAAAAUGACAGUAACAGAUAUGCAGAAUAAAGUAGAAGAAGUAGGGUCAGACGUAACAACUGCAGUAACAGAUGUGGAAAAGAAAGUGGAAGAAGUGGCGUCAGAUGUGAUAGCUGCGGCAAGAGAUGUGCGUAUGAAAGUAGAAGAGGUCAGGUCAGAUGUAGAAAAGGAAGUUACAGGUGCUAAAACUCAAGUGAAAAAUGUCGGUUCAGAUAUUAUGGCAAAAGUUGAACAUGUAGGGUUGGAACUAGCUAAAGUGAAAACAAAUGUCGACGACAUAAAACAAGCAGUGCAGGCGGGAAUCACAAGAGGUAAGAGUAGCAUUGCUUGUUUCUAUGCGAAACACUAGUUGGCUUGGAUUCGUCAUGAUCCACAUGAUCUUUGCUUCGUGAAGGAAACUACUUGGCUAGUUUUGCACGCAUACAUUCCCUUUCAUAUGCAUGUGAAAAGAAUUGCAGAAGUGGAAACGCAUCGGCUAACUGUUAUGCCUUUCAUUGGUUAUUUUGUGGCGCUCUCAGUGUUAUUCAGAGUAGACAGACUGCAAAUUAUAGUAGUUGCUAAAAAAUAUAUCUACGUGUCUCAACUGUUCAUCAGUAGGACGCCCAAAAUGCGUGCAAUUCCACAAUUGGUUUCGGCUCCAUUAAAUCCUAUACCAAUUGCAGAACAUUUUAGGGGGAGCCACCCACCGUGUGAGCACAGUCGCGGACAACACAUAUAUGUUUCCAAACACAUGCAUGUUUCCAAACAUAGCAUUCUUAACAAUAUCCAGAAAAAAAGAACAGGUUUGCAACUUCUAAGAAAAUUUCGCCUUUUUUAACUUAGAAAAACUGCAAAUUACUGCUUGAAAGUUUUUAAACUCUCAGGCACAUUCUUCUUAAUCGUUAACCUUAUAAUAUAUUUUCCAGAAAAAUAUUACGCUGGUAGUCACUAAUUAUCAUAUCAGAACGAUCACUCUCUUUUUCACUUUAUCAUUAAUUACAAAAUAUAGGAAUGAUCAUUCGUUGCAUUAUCAUUUGCCUCUAUUUUGUAUCUAAGAUGUAUUUGUGCCCGUCUCGUCCAUACCUGAUGAAAUACCAAACUUUGUUGGCCGCGACAAGGAAUGUAAAGCAGUAGAACGUCAUUUAACAGAUGAAGUUACUCGACUGGUUAACGUCUGGGGUCCACCUGGAUUUGGAAAAACAUCAGUGGCCAUCAGGGUAGCGCAUCACUUACAAGAGAAGAAUAUUACAGUUCACUUUGUAUCCGUUCGUGGAAUGGAAAGUAAAGAGGAUCUAGUGUCAAAGCUGCUCAGUAUGUUUGCAGACGAUAGCCAGGUUCGCCAUAUUUCAUCGUCUCACUUCAGUAUCCAAUGUUUACAGCAAGUUCAGAAUCCGUUUGUCUUAGUAUUAGACAACGCGGAUGAUUUACUUGAAUCUGGAGGUACCAGACGAAGAGAGCACGUGCUCCAAUUUAUUGAUGAGAUCCUCACUCACUGCAAACAAAUCAAGCUUCUCUUAACCACUCGCGAACAUCUAGACUACUUAAGCCACAAGCUACCAAUCCACUCAGAGAAAAUUAAUGAAUUGGAUAAAAUUUCGUCGGCAGAUCUAGUACGGCUGCUAUUACCAGAUAAAUCGGAUUUUGACUGCAAUUGCAUUGUGAGGGAAUGUGGGAACGUUCCUAUGUCCAUGCGACUGAUGUGCAGCGUCAUUAAGGAGGCAAGUAUCUCCGUCAAUGAUCUUUUACAAGAACUUAAAAACUCAACUCUAGUUGAAGUUUUGGACAGUGAAUACCUCCCUGAUGGUGUUCGGAUAAAAUCUGUAAUAAACACAUCUUUCAAAAGGCUCAAGGUUCGCGAAAGAAACGCAUUUGUUUCGCUUUCUGUUUUUCCUGAAUGGUUUGGAAUAGAGGAAGCUCAAGCCAUAUUGAAUGUAGAUACAGAAGCUAAGACCAAACAAAUAAUUCGAUCAUUGGAACGAAAGUCCCUAUUAGACUGUGGAGAAAAUUUCAGUCAUUUUACGGUCCAUUCACUAUUACGGUCUUUCAUUGAGGAAGAAAUGAAAAAUGACCAGGCGGUUGAAGCUGUGUUUUGGGAUUCAAAACUUCAGUUUUACGACUAUUACAUUUCCAGUUGUAAAGAUGCUAAUGAAAAUUUUCUGAAACAACAUUACGGGGACGCCUUCAGGAGUUUCCUUGAUCGGCGGGGCAGCAUCAUUUCAUCCAUUUCUAAUGGUCUUCGAAUAGACAAGAUCUACGCAAAAACUGUAGAGUUGUUGUCCGAAGCAAAAUCAUUUCUUAGUGUUGCUUUGCAUGAUGAACAAUUGUUAAUUGAGCGGCUUUAUGACACGGCAGUAGAAGAAGCAAAGAAGAGGGGAAAAACGGACGACGAACAAAGGUUGCACUCUGCCAGAGAAUGUCACACAACAGCGGAAAGCUACUUCUGGCUUAGUAGAGUGCAGCGUGAAGAGGGAAACCUAAAAGGAGCACAGGAAUCUGCCAAGAUGGGCUCACGACUAAAAACCGAACUUCUAGGACAACAUUAUCCUCAUACAGCCGCAAGCGUUAAUCAGAAAGGCGUUACCGAAAAUGAUAGUGAGACACUCGUUAGAGCGAUCCGGAAGGCAGAGACCGUAGCGUUUCUGCUUGAAAAUCCACGGCUGAACAGCUACUAUAACUUUAAAAUGGAAGGGUCCAACAGAAGGUAUCAUCCAGGACCCUUUGGCCAUUUACAAGACAAAGCAUACAUGAGCCUUAUUACGUUUGGUGUUCACGAAGACACAGCGAGAAGCUUCCUUGAGCUUGCUAGAAAACAGCGUCAGGCGGGGAAUCUGACAGGAGCACUAGAGUCUGUACAGCUGGGCGUACUGCUAAGACAAAAACUACUAGGAGGUCAUCCCUGUACAGCCUCCAGCUAUUUUGAGCAAGGCAAUAUCUAUUUUGCUAUGGGUGAUAGUAAGUCAGCGGUUGAGGCCUUCCAGAAAGCGGCAGACAUGAGUUUGAAUUUGCGCGGAUAUCACACAAUUACGGCGCACUACUACUUCCAACUUGGUAAGGCACAAUAUAAGAUGCAGGACCUUCAAGGAGCUCUAAAGUCUCUACAAAGAGCAAGCAACUUGACAUCAUAUCCGCUUGAAAACAGCACUAAGAGAGCAGCACUUACCUAUUACACGCUUGGUAAAGUGCAACGUUACACGGGCGACCUAAAAGGAGCUAUGGAGUCCUUACAAAGCGCAGUAAAUAUCAGAUUAAAUCUGCUUGGUGAUCACAGGGACACGGCACUUGCCUGUUACAAGCUUGGUUUAGUGCAGCGUGACAUGGGAGACGUCAAAGGAGCUAUGGAGUCCUUACGAAGCGCUGCAAACAUCGGAUCAAAGCUGCUUGGCGAUCACGAAGAUCACCCCAUUACAGCCGACAGCUUUUAUGAGCAAAGCGCUAUCCAUUUUGCCAUGGGUGAUUUUAAGGCAGCUGUCCAGGCACUACAGAAAGCAGCGGAUAUAAAUUUCAAUUUCCACAUAGAUCACAUAAGCACGGCACAUAGCUACCACGGUCUACGUUCUACUAAGAAUAGGAAAGAUUACCAAGAAAGGACUUUACACUCUUUACAAAGGGCGGCAGACAUGACAUCCGAUCUUCUUGGUGAUCACGAAGACACAGCACGUAACUACCACAGGCUCGGUUUGGUACAACGUUACGUGGGAAACCUCAAAGAAGCAUUAGACUCUUUGCAAAAAGCAGCUCAAAUGAGAUCAAAUUUGCUUGGCGACCACGAAGACGCCGCAUGUAGUCACCACUGGCUUGGUCUAGUACAGGGAGACAUGGAGAACUUCAAAGGAGCAUUAUGCUCUUUAAAAAGAGCAGCAAACAUGAGAUCAAAGCUGCUAGGUGAUCACAAAGACACGGUAAGCAGUUACCACGAGCUUGGUUUAGUGCAGCGUGACAUUGGAGACCUUGAAGGAGCUUUAGAAUCCUUACAAAAAGCAGCAAACAUGGAAUCAAAUCUGCUUGGUGAUCACGAAGACACGGCGUACAGCUACUAUUUGCUUGCUUUGGUGCAGCGUGACAUGGGAGACCUUGAACGAGCUAAGGACUCCUUACAAAAAGCGGCAAACAUGAAAUCAAAUCUGCUUGGUGAUCACGAAGACACGGCGUUAAGCUACUAUUUGCUUGGUUUAGUGCAGCGUGGCAUUGGAGACCUUGACGGAGCUUGGGAUUCUUUACAUAGAGCAGCAAACAUGAGAUCAAGUCUACUUGGUGAUCACGAAAACACGGCGUACAGCUACUAUUUCCUUGGUUUAGUGCAGCGUGACAUGGGAGACCUUGAACGAGCUUUGGAUUCUUUACAAAGAGCAGCAAACAUGCAAUCAAUUCUGCUUAGAGAUCACAGAGACACGGCAUCCAGCUAUCACAAUCUUGGCUUAGUGCAAUGUGACAUGGGAGACCUGAAAGGAGCUAUGGAGUCCUUACAAAGCGCGGCAAACAUCAGAUCAAAGCUGCUUGGCGAUCACGAAGACACGGCACUCAGCUAUUUCGAGCUUGGUAAAGUGCAGCACUACAUGGGAAACGUCAAAGGAGCUAUGGUGUCCUUACAAAGCGCAGCAAACAUGCAAUCAAAUCUGCUUGGUGAUCACGAACACACGGCGUACAGCUACUAUUGGCUUGGUUUGGUGCACCGUGAGAAGGGAGACCUGAAAGGAGCUUUGGACUCUUUGCAAAAAGUAGCAAACAUGAGAUCAAAUGUGCUUGGUGAUCACGAAGACACGGCGUCCAGCUACUAUUGGCUUGGUUUAGUGCAGCAUGAGAUGGGAGACCUGAAAGGAGCUUUGGACUCUUUGCAAAAAGUAACAAACAUGAGAUCAAAUGUGCUUGGCGAUCACAAAGACACGGCGUCUAGCUACUAUUGGCUUGGUUUAGUGCAGCAUGAGAUGGGAGACCUGAAAGGAGCUUUGGCCUCUUUACAAAAAGCAGCAAACAUGGAAUCAAAUCUGCUUGGUGAUCACGAAAACACGGCGUACAGCUACUAUUGGCUUGGUUUGGUGCACCGUGAGAAGGGAUACCUGAAAGGCGCUUUGGACUCUUUACAAAAAGCAGCAAACAUGAGAUCAAAUGUGCUUGGUGAUCACGAAGACACGGCGUCCAGCUACUAUUGGUUUGGUUUAGUGCAGCGUGAGAAGGGAGACCUGAAAAGAGCUUUGGACAACUUACAAAAAGCAGCAAACAUGAGAUCAAAUGUGCUUGGUGAUCACGAAGACACGGCGUCCAGCUACUAUUGGUUUGGUUUAGUGCAGCGUGAGAUGGGAGACCUGGAAGGAGCUUUGGACUCUUUUCAAAAAGCAGCAAACAUGAGAUCAAAUGUGCUUGGUGAUCACGAAGACACGGCGUCCAGCUACUAUUGGUUUGGUUUAGUGCAGCGUGACUUGGGAGACCUGAAAGGAGCUUUGGACUCUUUGCAAAAAGUAGCAAACAUGAGAUCAAAUGUGCUUGGUGAUCACGAAGACACGGCGUCCAGCUACUAUUGGCUUGGUUUAGUGCAGCAUGAGAUGGGAGACCUGAAAGGAGCUUUGGACUCUUUGCAAAAAGUAACAAACAUGAGAUCAAAUGUGCUUGGCGAUCACAAAGACACGGCGUCUAGCUACUAUUGGCUUGGUUUAGUGCAGCAUGAGAUGGGAGACCUGAAAGGAGCUUUGGACUCUUUACAAAAAGCAGCAAACAUGGAAUCAAAUCUGCUUGGUGAUCACGAAAACACGGCAUACAGCUACUAUUGGCUUGGUUUGGUGCACCGUGAGAAGGGAGACCUGAAAGGCGCUUUGGACUCUUUACAAAAAGCAGCAAACAUGAGAUCAAAUGUGCUUGGUGAUCACGAAGACACGGCGUCCAGCUACUAUUGGUUUGGUUUAGUGCAGCGUGAGAAGGGAGACCUGAAAAGAGCUUUGGACACCUUACAAAAAGCAGCAAACAUGAGAUCAAAUGUGCUUGGUGAUCACGAAGACACGGCGUCCAGCUACUAUUGGUUUGGUUUAGUGCAGCGUGAGAUGGCAGACCUGAAAGGAGCUUUGGACUCUUUACAAAAAGCAGCAAACAUGCGAUCAAAUGUGCUUGGUGAUCACGAAGACACGGCGUCCAGCUACUAUUGGUUUGGUUUAGUGCAGCGUGAGAUGGGAGACCUGAAAGGAGCUUUGGACUCUUUACAAAAAGCAGCAAACAUGAGAUCAAAUGUGCUUGGUGAUCACGAAGACACGGCGUCCAGCUACUAUUGGCUUGGUUUAGUGCAGCAUGAGAUGGGAGACCUGAAAGGAGCUUUGGACUCUUUGCAAAAAGUAACAAACAUGAGAUCAAAUGUGCUUGGCGAUCACAAAGACACGGCGUCUAGCUACUAUUGGCUUGGUUUAGUGCAGCAUGAGAUGGGAGACCUGAAAGGAGCUUUGGACUCUUUGCAAAAAGUAACAAACAUGAGAUCAAAUGUGCUUGGCGAUCACAAAGACACGGCGUCUAGCUACUAUUGGCUUGGUUUAGUGCAGCAUGAGAUGGGAGACCUGAAAGGCGCUUUGGACUCUUUACAAAAAGCAGCAAACAUGAGAUCAAAUGUGCUUGGUGAUCACGAAGACACGGCGUCCAGCUACUAUUGGUUUGGUUUAGUGCAGCGUGAGAAGGGAGACCUGAAAAGAGCUUUGGACACCUUACAAAAAGCAGCAAACAUGAGAUCAAAUGUGCUUGGUGAUCACGAAGACACGGCGUCCAGCUACUAUUGGUUUGGUUUAGUGCAGCGUGAGAUGGCAGACCUGAAAGGAGCUUUGGACUCUUUACAAAAAGCAGCAAACAUGCGAUCAAAUGUGCUUGGUGAUCACGAAGACACGGCGUCCAGCUACUAUUGGUUUGGUUUAGUGCAGCGUGAGAUGGGAGACCUGAAAGGAGCUUUGGACUCUUUACAAAAAGCAGCAAACAUGAGAUCAAAUGUGCUUGGUGAUCACGAAGACACGGCGUCCAGCUACUAUUGGUUUGGUUUAGUGCAGCGUGAGAUGGGAGACCUGGAAGGAGCUUUGGACUCUUUUCAAAAAGCAGCAAACAUGAGAUCAAAUGUGCUUGGUGAUCACGAAGACACGGCGUCCAGCUACUAUUGGUUUGGUUUAGUGCAGCGUGACUUGGGAGACCUGAAAGGAGCUUUGGACUCUUUGCAAAAAGUAGCAAACAUGAGAUCAAAUGUGCUUGGUGAUCACGAAGACACGGCGUCCAGCUACUAUUGGCUUGGUUUAGUGCAGCAUGAGAUGGGAGACCUGAAAGGAGCUUUGGACUCUUUGCAAAAAGUAACAAACAUGAGAUCAAAUGUGCUUGGCGAUCACAAAGACACGGCGUCUAGCUACUAUUGGCUUGGUUUAGUGCAGCAUGAGAUGGGAGACCUGAAGGGAGCUUUGGACUCUUUACAAAAAGCAGCAAACAUGGAAUCAAAUCUGCUUGGUGAUCACGAAAACACGGCAUACAGCUACUAUUGGCUUGGUUUGGUGCACCGUGAGAAGGGAGACCUGAAAGGCGCUUUGGACUCUUUACAAAAAGCAGCAAACAUGAGAUCAAAUGUGCUUGGUGAUCACGAAGACACGGCGUCCAGCUACUAUUGGUUUGGUUUAGUGCAGCGUGAGAAGGAGACCUGAAAAGAGCUUUGGACACCUUACAAAAAGCAGCAAACAUGAGAUCAAAUGUGCUUGGUGAUCACGAAGACACGGCGUCCAGCUACUAUUGGUUUGGUUUAGUGCAGCGUGAGAUGGCAGACCUGAAAGGAGCUUUGGACUCUUUACAAAAAGCAGCAAACAUGCGAUCAAAUGUGCUUGGUGAUCACGAAGACACGGCGUCCAGCUACUAUUGGUUUGGUUUAGUGCAGCGUGAGAUGGGAGACCUGGAAGGAGCUUUGGACUCCUUACAAAAAGCAGCAAACAUGAGAUCAAAUCUGCUUGGUUAUCACGAAGACACGGCGUCCAGCCACCAUUGGUCUGGUUUAGUGCAGCGUGACUUGGGAGACCUGAAAGGAGCUUUGGACUCUUUACAAAAAGCAGCAACCAUGCGAUCAAAUGUGCUUGGUGAUCACGAAGACACGGCGUACAGCUACUAUUGGCUUUGUGUAGUGCAGAUGAAAGCGGGAGACCUGAAAAGCGCUUUGGAAUCUGUACAGGUUUGCUUACGAUUAAGGAAGAAUCUUUUAGGAGAUCACCCCAAUACAGCCGACAGCUUUUAUGAGCAAGGCACUAUCCAGUUUGCAAUGGGUGAUUUUACGUCAGCUGUUGAGGCACUUCAGAAAGCAGCGGAAAUGAAUUUCAAUCUGCGCAGAGAUCACGUAAACACGGCACAUAGCUACCACAAGCUUGGUAUUGCACAGAAGAAAAUAAAGGACCACGAGGGAGCUUUCGACUCUUUACAAAAAGCAGUGUGCGUGCAAUCAAAUCUGCUUGGUGAUCAGGAGCACACGGCUAACAGCUACCAUUACCUUGGUUUAGUGCAGCGUGACAUGGGAAACCUUGAAGGAGCUUUGGACUCUUUACAAAGAGCAGCAAACAUGAGAUCAAGUAUGCUUGGAGAUCACAAAGACACGGCAUCCAGCUACCACAAUCUUGGCUUAGUGCAGCGUGACUUGGGAGACCUUAAAGGAGCUUUGGACUCUUUACAAAAAGCAGCAAACAUGAGAUCAAAUGUGCUCGGUGAUCACGAAGACACGGCGUCCAGCUACUAUUGGUUUGGUUUGAUGCAGCGUGACUUGGGAGACCUAAAAGGAGCUUUGGACUCUUUUCAAAAAGCAGCAAUCAUGAGAUCAAAUGUGCUUGGUGAUCACGAAGACACGGCGUCCAGCUACUAUUGGUUUGGUUUAGUGCAGCGUGACUUGGGAGACCUAAAAGGAGCUUUGGACUCUUUACAAAAAGCAGCAAACAUGCAAUCUAAUCUGCUUGGUGAUCACGAAAACACGGCGCACAGUUACUAUUGGCUUGGUUUGGUGUACCGUGAGAUGGGAGACCUGAAAGGAGCUUUGGACUCUUUACAAGACGCAGCAAACAUGAGAUCAAAUCUGCUUGGUGAUCACGAAAACACGGCGAACAGUUACUUUUGGCUUGGUAAAGCGCAGCGUGACAUUGGAGACUUGAAAAGGGCUUUGGAAUCUUUACAAAAAGCAGCAAACAUGAGAUCAAAGCUGCUUGGUGAUCACAAAGACACGGCGUACAGCUAUCAUUGGCUUGGUGUAGUGCAAAAGGAAGCAGGAGACCUAAGAAGCGCUUUGGAGUCUGUACAGGCCAGCUUACGAAUGAGGAAGGAGCUUCUAGGAGACCAUCUCAAUACAGCCGACAGCUUUUAUGUGCAAGGCACUAUCCAUUUUGCCAUGGGUGAUUUUAAGUCAGCUGUUGAGGCAUUUCAGAAAGCGGCAGAAAUGAAUUUCAAUCUGUGCAGAGAUCACAUAUACACGGCACGUAACCACCACAGCCUUGGUAUGGCACAGAAUGAGAUAGGGGACAGCGAGGGAGCUUUGAAAUCUUUCCAAACAGCAGCACAAAUAAGUUCAAAUCUGCUUGGUGAUCACGAAGACACGGCUAACAGCUACCAUUACCUUGGUUUAGUGCAGAGUGACAUGGGAGACUUUAAAGGAGCCUUGGACUCUUUACAAAAAGCAGCGAACAUGAGAUUAAAUUCGCUUGGUGAUCACGAAGACACUGCCAGCAGCUACCAUGAGCUUGGUGUUGUGCAACAUGGAAUGGGAGACUUGCAAGAAGCUUUGGAAUCGUUGCAAAAAGCAUCAGACAUGAGAAACAACGGAGAUACUACCAGCAGCGUGAAUGAAUUACGUGGCGUGCGGAAAAAACUGUCAUCAGGGCGUUCUUUAUUUGGCAAAGUAUUUCGGCGGAAAAAUCGACACCAAAAAUAA